AUGGCUGCCGAGUACGAGAAGAAUCCGGCUACGGAUUACGAGAAGGGUAUUGCACCCAGCGAUGAACAGCGUCGUGGCUCUGCGGUUGUCGUUCCCAAGGUCGACUCUGCUGGCAACGUCGUUGAGCAAUGGAGAGACCAGGAGGACUUCUACACCCGUAACGGGUUGAACUUGAAGUCCUUCCAGAGGCGUCCCCAGGGAGGCAUGAUCGAGCUUGACAAGUCCAUGAAGACGCGCCAUUUGCACAUGAUUGCCAUUGGUGGCUCCAUUGGUGCUGGUUUCUUCGUCGGUUCUGGCAGUGCUCUCAACACUGGUGGCCCUGCUUCGGUUCUCAUUGAUUUCUCUCUCAUGGGUGUUAUGAUCUUCAACGUCGUCUACGCCCUCGGUGAACUUGCUGUCAUGUAUCCUGUCUCUGGUGGUUUCUAUACCUACUCCGCUCGCUUCAUUGAUCCUUCUUGGGGUUUCGCCAUGGGUUGGAACUACGUCUUGCAAUGGGCCGUCAUCUUGCCGCUUGAACUUACUGUCGCCGCCAUCACGGUUAAUUAUUGGGGUUCCAAUAUUAACAUUGCUGUCUUCAUCACGGUCUUCUGGGUAUUCAUCAUAUUGAUCAACAUAUGGGGAACCCUUGGAUACGCCGAAGAAGAGUUCUGGUCGUCCUGCCUCAAGCUCGGCGCGACCGUUGUCUUCAUGAUCAUCGCCCUCGUCUGCGUUCUCGGUGGAGGACCCAGCAACGGCAAGUACUCUGAAUACUGGGGCGCCCGUCUUUGGUACGACCCAGGUGCAUUCAAGAACGGAUUCAAGGGCUUCUGCUCCGUUUUCGUCACUGCCGCCUUCUCCUUCUCCGGAACGGAGCUUGUUGGUCUUGCUGCCGCCGAGACAAAGAACCCUCUCAAGUCGCUUCCCGGAGCUGUCAAGCAGGUCUUCUGGCGAAUCACUCUCUUCUACGUCCUCGGUCUCUUCUUCGUCGGUCUCCUCGUCAGCAGCGAUGAUGAGCGUCUCCUAGGAUCCGGUUACAUCGAUGUCACCGCCUCUCCCUUCGUCAUUGUCGGUAAGGAUGCCGGACUCAAGGGCUUCGACAGCUUCAUGAACGUCGUCAUUCUCGUCUCCGUUAUCUCCAUCGGUGUCUCUGGUGUCUACGGUGGUUCCCGUACCCUCACUGCCCUCGCCGAGCAGGGCUACGCCCCCAAGAUCUUCGCCUACAUUGACCGCUCUGGCCGUCCUCUCAUGUCCGUCAGCUUGAUCUUGAUCAUGGGUGCUCUUGCCUACAUCAACUUGGCUGCUGCCGGUCCCGAGAUUUUCGCCUGGCUCUUGGCUCUUUCUGGUCUCGCCGCUCUCUUCACCUGGGGCUCCAUCUGCUACUCCCACAUCCGUUUCCGCCAGGCCUGGGCUAUUCAGGGCCGCUCCCUUGACGAGAUUCCCUUCAAGGCCGUCGGUGGCGUCUACGGAUCCUACAUGGGUCUUCUCCUCAUCGUCAUUGUCCUCAUGGCUCAGUUCUACACCGCUGUCUCCCCCAUCGGCGAGAGGGUCGGAACCGCCGAGGCCUUCUUCAAGUCCUACCUCGCCGCCCCCGUCGUCCUCUUCUUCUGGGCUUGCGGCUACAUCUGGAAGCGCAAGGGCUGGCUCAAGCUCGACCAGAUCGACCUCGACACGGGCCGCCGUGAGCUCGACUGGGACUACAUCAACAAGCAGAACGAGGAGAUGAAGCACUGGCCCGCCUGGAAGCACUGGAUGCACAAGAUCUUCUAA